ACAUUGAUAUUAACGUUUCAUCUUUCCCUUUCUCUUUCAUUUGAGAACACACGUUCUCUUUCUUCUCCCACCACAAGCCAAUCGACCGGAACCAAGCCAACGCCGGCGAGCUGCGACCGCGACCGCGACCACUCUCCCUCCAUCCAUCACCGGUUUCAAUUGGGUCUGAUUCAAUACAAAUUCAAAUAGCUUCAAACAUUCAACUUUGGCGACUCUAUUCUACUCAACUCUCUCUUUCUCUGCACUGUUCUACGUUUACGGCAUUUUCGGGGUUGUUGCGUUCUUGCUUCUCUGUGUUGCUGUAUUGCUGCUUCUUGCGUUGGUGUGUUCAGUAAACCAAACAUGAUAAAGAAGGAUUGGGUGGCGUUGCCUCCACAUAGUCAAAGUUACAAGGAUGGUGUUAAUUACUUUUUGGAUAUUGCAUUCACCAAAGGAAUGGUUGAAGAAGAAGAGAUUUUGUGCCCCUGUGCUGUAUGUUGCAAUGAUAGUUGGGAAACCAGAGAUGUAGUGUUCGACCAUUUAUGUAGCAAAGGAUUUGUAAAAGGAUACGUGGAAUGGAUUUAUCACGGUGAAGAUGAAAGUCUUAUGGAUCUUGAUGGUGAUAGUCAUGACGAAACAUCAUCUCAUGAUGAUAUUAAUGGGUUACUUUUUGAGACGUUUAAAGAUGUCGCUGAUGGAGGUAGAGUACAUGAAGGGCUAAAUGAAGAUGCAAAGAAAUUUUAUAAACUAGUUGAUGAUGCAAAUCAAGAGUUAUACCCUGGUUGUGAAAGUUUUUCCUCGUUAUCAUUCACUAUUCGAAUCUACUUGUUGAAAUGCCUCCAUGGAUGGAGCAAUGCAUCGUUCACUGCUCUCUUAGAAUUGUUGAAAGAGGCUAUGCCAGAUUUGAACAUCCCUGUCUCUUUCAAUAAAACAAAAUCUAUGAUAAAAGAUUUGGGCUUAGACUAUAAAAAGAUUGAUGCAUGUCCCAAAAAUUGCAUGUUGUUUUGGAAAGAGCACGAGAAAGAUGACUCAUGUCAUAUUUGUGGCGCAUCAAGGUGGAUAGAAUAUCCUGAAGUUGCUAAUGAGCCUGACGAAAUUAAAAAAGCUCACAAGGUUCCCGCCAAAGUUCUAAGACAUUUUCCUUUGAUUCCAAGAUUGAAAAGACUCUUUAUGUGUUCAAAGACAGCCGACACAUUAAGGUGGCACUCAGAUAAGCGUUCAAGGGAUGGGAAGUUAAGGCAUCCGGCCGAUGCCAAAGCAUGGAAAGACUUUGAUGCAAAACAUUCAGAUUUUGCUCGUGAAACCCGUAACAUCAGGCUUGGGUUGGCAAGUGAUGGGUUUAAUCCAUUUAGGACUAUGAGUCUUUCACAUAGUACAUGGCCUGUUGUAUUAACAAUAUAUAAUUAUCCGCCAAAUUUGUGCUUAAAGGCUGAAAAUUGUUUAAUGUCGUUAAUUAUUCCUGGACCAAAGUCACCCGGAAAUGCAAUUGAUGUGUAUUUACAACCACUUAUUGAGGAGCUGAAGAUAUUGUGGAAUGUCGGUGUAGAAACGUAUGAUAUUUCCAAAAAUGAAACAUUUCAAAUGCAUGCAGCUCUUAUGUGGACUGUGAAUGACUACCCUGCAUAUGCUAUGCUAUCUGGUUGGAGUACAAAAGGGAAGUUGGCUUGCCCCGCUUGUAAUCAUAAAACUUCUUCAAGAUACUUAAAACAUAGUCGAAAGAUGUGUUAUAUGGGUCAUCGAGUCUUUUUGGAUUCAAAUCAUGUAUGGAGAUCAAAUUCAACUUCUUUUGAUGGAAAGCCAGAAUAUAGGUCUGCACCUUCUUUGUUAGAUUCAAAAAAGAUUUUAAAAGACUUAAAAAAGAUCCCUGACAUGUUGGAAAAGGAAAAAAAGAAAAAAAGGCUUGGUCCAUUGGGGAAGAAAAAAAAGAAAAAAAGGCUUGGUCCUUGGAAGAAAAAGUCUAUCUUUUGGCAAUUACCAUAUUGGAAGGACAAUUCUUUGCGCCAUAAUUUAGAUGUUAUGCAUAUAGAAAAGAACAUUUGUGAUAAUAUAAUCGGGACUCUCUUGGAGAUUGAAGGGAAGAAAAAGGACCAUGCAAAAGCUCGUUUGGACUUGCAACACAUGGGGAUUAGAAAAAAGCUCCACUUGAAAGCAACGAGUGAUGGUAAGAAAACUCAAAUCCCUAAAGCAUGUUUCUCCCUAACAAAGCAUGAGAAAUCUGUUUUUUGUGGUGUUUUAAAGACAGUAAAACUUCCUGAUGGCCUUGCUUCUAAUAUUUCUCGAUGUGUUCAAGUUAAUGAAGGAAAAGUUUCUGGGUACAAGAGUCAUGAUGCUCAUAUUAUAUUGCAUUACUUGUUGCAAGUAGCAAUAAGAGGGAUAGGCCCUAAUCAAGUUGUUAUUCCUUUGCUUCAGCUUUGUUCAUUUUUUCGUUGUUUAUGCCAAAAGGUUAUAGAUGUGAAAACUUUGGAACGCUUGGAAGUAGAAAUUGCUGAAACACUUUGUCAAUUCGAGCGUAUUUUCCCUCCAAGUUUCUUUGACAUAAUGGUUCACUUACCAAUUCACCUUGCAAAUGAGGUCAGAUUAGGUGGGCCAGUUCAGUUUCGAUGGAUGUAUUACAUGGAGAGAUAUUUGGGUGAUUUAAAGUCUUUUGUUCGGAAUAGGAGGUAUCCAGAGGGUUCUAUCGCUGAAGCAUACGUGGCUAAAGAAGGUCUAACAUUUUGUUCAAGAUAUUUGUCUAGUGCUGUUGACACAGGGAUGAAUAGAAUGACACGAAAUAGCGAUGAUACUCCAAGCAUAGGUCAUCCAAUUGGGGGAAAGAAACUAGUUUGUUUUGAUCAUAAGGAUCUAAACCAGGCCCAUGGCUACAUUUUAUUCAAUUGUGAUGAAGUGCAGGAAUAUAUUAGAGAGCAUGAGGUUAAUGUUCAUAUUCCUAAAAACAAAAGAAAGUCCAGCAAAGCUAUCAAUCAAAGAGAAGAUUUUAUUCAAUGGUUUGAAACACGUGUCAUGGAUGAGGAAGUAACCGAAUGGUUAAAGGUGUUGUCUAGGGGGCCAAAUGAGGUUGUUAAAAGGUAUUCUGGUUAUGUUAUUAAUGGAUACAGAUUUCAUACAACACAACGUGAAGCGAGGCUUAAAACACAAAAUAGUGGUGUGACAUUAGAAGCGGUGACUCAAGUUCUUAGAAAUGCAAAGGAUGAAAAUCCCAAAAAUAUUUGUGUGACUUACUAUGGGGCAAUAAAAGAUAUCAUAGAGUUAGAUUAUUAUGAUCAUGAAAAAUAUGUGUUGUUCAAAUGUGAUUGGUUUGUGGCUGAAAAGGAUAAAUAUGGAUCCCCAUGUGUUUACUUUAACAAAAAAUGCUACAAAAAUGAUCCAUUUGUGUUGGCAUCUCAAGUUCAGCAGUGCUUCUAUAUUGAAGAUCCUUUUAACAAGAACAAACACUAUGUUUUGACAGCACUUCCAAGGGAAUCAUUUGACAUGGGAGAAUGUUUGAGUUCAGAUGGCCAAGAAUAUGAUAUUCCAACAAAUCUUGAUAUUUUAAAGGAUGAUUUUGAAGUGGAUUUUGUUAGAAAAGAUGUACCAGAUGAUAUCUUUGAAAUGCCUUUGUCAGAACUCCACAAGCAAAAAGCAAUUGAAAGUGAUCACAGUGACACGAGUCUUGAAAGUGACGAUGAAACCACUGAUGAUUCUGAUGAUUCUAGUACUGAUUAG